AUGGAUCACGGGUUCGAUGUUCCGGUGUCCAUGGGGACGACGAUCAUGGCGGUGCGAUACGCGGACGGCGUGAUACUCGGCGCGGAUUCGCGGACGAGCACGGGGACGUACGUGGCGAACAGGGCGAGCGACAAAAUCACGCAGAUCUGCGACAACGUGUGGAUGUGUCGAAGCGGGAGCGCGGCUGAUACGCAAAACGUUGCGGCGUAUGUGUCGAGAUUAGCGCAAGAGCACGCGGUGUCGGUGUCGAGCGCGGCGGCGGGCGCAGAUGAGGUGCUGACGUGCGACGUCAAACUCGUCGCAAACUUGACCAAGACCAUCGCGUACGAAAAUAAAGAUAGGUUACAGGCGGGGAUGAUCAUAGCGGGUUGGGAUCGGAAAUUAGGACCGCAGGUGUACGGCAUUCCCCUGGGCGGGUCCAUGGUCGAGGCCCCGUUCACCGUGGGCGGAAGCGGAAGCGCGUACGUGUACGGGUGGUGCGACGAUACGUUUAAAGAAGACAUGUCCAAGGAGGAAGCCCAGGCGUGGGUGACGAACGCGAUUUCGCUCGCGAUCGCGCGUGAUGCGUCGUCGGGAGGCGUCAUUCGCCUCGUCACUAUCGACGGCAAAGGUUGCGAGCGUAAAAUGUUGCAGCCGAUCGAACACGUGCUGUGCGACGACGAGUUGCCGCCGGUGAAGCGAAGCGUCGCGUCGACGUGA